CACCUAUAGCACGCAUCACUUGUAAAAUAUUAAUUUUUUUAAAUAAUUAUUAUAUAAUACAAAUAAUAGUAGAGUCAUAAAUAUUGUUGUUUAUUAAUAGUAAAGUUGUCCUAUAUUGUUGUGGGUGGAUUUUAGUGUUUCAUUAAAUUUAGAUUUUAAAAUUUUUGCAACAAUGGUGCCUCGCCCGGUGUCGCCAAGCCCCGCGGAGCCGCUGAUACCGCGGUUCUACGCGGGGAGGUCCAUCCUCAUCACCGGAGCUACUGGCUUCAUGGGGAAGGUGCUGGUAGAGCGCAUACUAUCUACAUGCCCCGAAGUCGGUCGCCUGCACCUGCUCAUGCGCGACAAGAAGGGACACUCGCCCCAGAAGAGACUCGCUCAGCUCAAGCAGUCACAGGUGUUCGACAACGUGCGCGCACGCAACCACCGCCAGCUGGACAAGUUGUGCGUGGUGUCGGGAGACGUGUCCAAGCCACAGCUCGGGAUGGAUGCUGACGCCAUCGCACAGCUCAGAGAGGUGUCCAUAGUGUUCCACUCAGCCGCGACGCUGAAAUUUGACGAGCCGCUGCCGGUCGCCAUCGACCAGAAUGUGCGCUCCGUGGAGCGACUGCUUGACAUCUGCGACAAACUACCCAACAUGGAGGCCUUUAUCCACGUAUCAACAGCAUACAGUAACGCAGAGCUGACAGUGGUGGAGGAGCGCGUGUACCCUGCACCAGUACCGCUGGCUCAGGCUUGCACCCUCGCCGAGACACUGCCGGUAGACCUGCUCGGACAGAUCAAUACACAGUACAUUUCCCCGAAGCCCAACACGUACACAUUCACGAAGGCACUGGCAGAGAACGUGGUGCAGGAACACGGGAACAGAGGAUACCCAGUCGCCAUAUUCAGACCUACUAUUGUGAUAUCAUCUCUCCGACACCCGUUUCCUGGUUGGAUCGAGAAUCUGAACGGUCCAAGCGGUGUAGUAGUGGCAGCCGGCAAGGGCCUGCUCCACGUGUUCUGCUGCAAGAUGGCUGCCCGCGCUGACAUGUUGCCAGUCGACAUGGCAAUAGACACGCUGCUUGCUGUCGCUUGGGAGACUGCUGUAGACCGGCCAGAAGCAGUGCGCGUGUACAACUGCAGCACAUGUGAGAACCCGACGACAUGGCGGGACUUCGAGACGGCGCUGCGCCACCGACUACGAGUAAACCCGCUCGACAACGCAUUCUGGUACCCCAGCGGGUUCACUGUCGAGAACAAGCUUACACAGAAAACGUUGGAGACUAUAUUGCAAACAGCCCCGCUACAUAUCGCUGAAUACAUCUCAAAGAUUCUAGGAAUAAAAACUAGGUUGAGCCUCAUAACAGUGAGUCAACGUCUCAUUGCUAUGAAUGAGGUGUUAAGAUUCUUCUCGGUACGUGAGUGGCACUUUGUGACUGACAACGUGCGUAAACUACACGCCAGACUAACGCCGCAAGAUGCUGCUAUCUACAAUCUGGACCCGCAGACUAUUAACUGGAAUGAACAUUACUGCAAUUUCAUAAUAGGAGCAAGAAAAUAUUUGUUACAAGAGAAAGAUCAAGACAUUAACGAGGCAAAGAAACAUUUGCGCAGGAUGUACUACUUGCACCAUGGCGUCAUGUUCUUCGUUGUAACACUGCUCUGCCGCCUGGCACUGCGCAACCAGUACUUGCGCGCUUUCAUCUACCGUACCUUCAGAAUGCUACUGACUGUCGCCGGCUCAGCUUACAUGCGUAUACGACAGAGCUGAGAAUUGACAAUACUUUAUCUUAUUUAGAGACUUAUAAAUCAACAUAUAUGCGUAGUGUAAUGAAUAUUACGUCCAUACGUUUUGUAGUAAUGUAUUACAAUAAGAAUGGAAUGAUAAAAGUGUAAAUUAGUUAAGAUUUGAUACUAGUGAAUUGUAAAUGUGAUGAAAUCGUAGAUUAGGACACGUAAUUUUUAAGCAUCAGUGAAUUUAUAGUAGUUUCUAUACGUAACAAGCUUUGCUCAAUCGAUGAUAUUAAUAUUUAGGGUUGUGUAGCGAAUGGAUGCAGUAUAUUUUUGUAAUUAAUUGUAUUAAAGUUAGUAUGACGUGUUAUGAUGUAGAUUAUAGAGCAUACCUAUAUACAUUUUAUGGGCCUUAGUUGUUACCAGAAUGAUUGACAUAGCUAACGUUUAUAUUCAAGCUACGCAUAAAUACGAACAAUAAUGGUUCUAUUAAAUUUAAGUAAUUUAAUAAAACAUUCUAAUUCUGCUUCAAUGUUUGUUAUAAUUAAUGAAAAUGUUUAGUACAUAUUUUUCAAAUCUUUGAUAUCUUAGGUUACAUAUUUACGGGUAUCGGUGUCAUA